AUGGCUUCAGGAACAGCGCUGAUUUAUGAUGAGGAGAUGACCACUCACAAGCUACUGUGGAGUGACCCCAUUUGUGAUAUUGAAGUGCCAGAAAGACUUUCAUCCUCCUAUGAGCAGCUUAGAAGUUACCAUCUUGUGGAAAGAUGUGUUCUUGUGCCUGCCAGAGAAGGAAGUGAGGCGGAGAUCCUGCUGGUUCACAGUUUAGAGCACUUGGAAGUGGCAAAAAGCACUCAGACAAUGAAUGAGGAGGAGCUGAAAAGGGUCUCUGAAGAUUAUGAUGCUUUUUUCUUUCAUCCGAACACUUACCACUGUGCCAGACUAGCAGUAGGAGCAGCUUUGCAGCUGGUGGACGCUGUGAUGUCAGGAAAAGUGCGCAAUGGAAUGGCAUUAGUCAGACCUCCAGGUCACCACAGCCAGAGAAAUGCAGCUAAUGGGUUCUGUUUGUUCAACAACGUUGCUAUUGCAGCAGAAUAUGCAAAACUGAAAUAUGGUCUGCAGAGAAUCCUAAUUGUUGACUGGGAUGUGCACCACGGGCAAGGAACUCAAUAUAUAUUUGAAGAUGAUCCAAGUGUUUUGUACUUUUCUUGGCAUCGCUAUGAACAUCAGGAGUUCUGGCCAUCCCUCAAAGAAUCCAAUUAUGAUGCUGUGGGUCUGGGAAAAGGAAAAGGUUUUAACAUAAAUUUGCCUUGGAAUAAGGUUGGGAUGGGAAAUUCAGAUUAUCUUGCUGCGUUUUUCCACGUGUUGCUUCCAAUGGCUUUUGAGUUUGAUCCUGAACUGGUUCUUGUCUCCUCUGGAUACGAUUCUGGAAUUGGUGACCCUGAAGGUCAGAUGGAUGCCACUCCUGAGGUUUUUGCCCACCUUACCCAUUUCCUGAUGCAGUUAGCUAAUGGAAAGUUGUGUGUCAUCCUAGAGGGUGGAUACCACUUGAAAUCAUUGGGUGAAUCAGUGUGCAUGACUGUAAAAGCUUUGCUUGGAGAUCCUGUACCUCAAAUAACUGGAGAAAUGGCACCUUGUCUAAGUGCUAUUGAAUCUAUUCAAAAUGUGAGAGCAGCACAUAAACCCUACUGGAAAUGGUUGGCUUAUGAAGAUACAUCAUUUUUACAAAAUUUGAGCACUGAAUCACACUUAAAGAAAGCUAAUUCAAAUCCCUCCACAGAACAUGAAUCUAAGAUAACUAACAACAACAACACUGUCAAAGUAGACAGGUUUUUGGAAUUGCACAUGAAAAAUAUUCUGUUUACAGUUCCUCCCAUCAAAACAGCAACAACUGGCUGUGAAGGUUCAGAACAUAUUCUCCCUGAACAAGUUCAGCUGGUAAAGGAAAUGGACAAAACUGAAAUAAAAGCUCUUGUCAGUGACUUUUAUGGAGACAUUGUGAAAGAGGACAAAACUUUGCUCUCUCUUGGCAGUUUGUUUGUGAUCCUAGAUAAAAUACUUAAGAAGGAGGUGUGUAAUGGAAUUGCAGCAUCACCCACAGCUGCUCUUUCUGCUGUUGUCGCAAUAAGACAUUCUAUUCGCUUUGGAUUUCAAAGAGUGCUUUGUGUAUUUGUUGGAGACAUGCAGAUGGUACCAAACACAGAAGAUGGAAAAAUGCUUAUCAUAAACAUCUGUGAGAAAGAACAGUCUGGAAAGACCAGCUGCAAACACUAUAUUUCUCUAAACUGGAAAGAGGAUCCUGAAGGAAAUGAUUUCUUUUCUGCUGUACUUGGAUUUAUUCUUCCUGUAGCAUAUAGUUAUCAACCAAACUUAACAGUAAUAGCUGUUGGACCAAACAGGAACCUUGGAAUAAGUGGGAUUUCUCUGCUUGUUGCUUUACUACAAGGAUUAGCUGAGUCUCGAAUUUUUGCUGUGAUUGAGGACACAGAGAUAAAUCUAAUGCAAAAUGUAGCCAAAACAUUGGUGGGUGCUUCUACACCUUCCUUUGGAAUUUAUGUACCUCCUACCCAAGAAAAAGUAAAUAAAAUAAAAGCAUUAAGAGACCAGUUUCAGCAGGAAUGGGAAAUGCUUCAGUGUACAGUGAAGGAGGAGAUUUCAAGAAAUUGA